GCUACUAGUAUUAAGAUGGUAUUCAACAAACUGGUGUGCAUCAAUUAAUUAAUUGAUAAGAAUUGUGUAUGCCAGACAGUGAUCUCUCCUUUCUUCCUACACCAAAUUGGGACAUUGCCGCCUUGCAGCUUACUCAUCAGUUAGUAAUUACGAGAGUUCUAAGCCCAUAUGUUGAACAUAUUCGAAGAACCCUACAGCAAUUAGUUUCCAGUCAUCUCAAACCCAGGACCAGGAGCAGUAAUCCUAUAUCAUGAGAGUAAUAAACAUAUUCCAUGCUCAGAGAGAUCGCAGAAAAAAUAAACUGGGAUUACAACCUAUCCACAUUCAACAUGAUUUGCUUAGUUGCCGCUUAGCGAUGAAAGCUUCUCGUACAGUGAUCGUUUCACUGAAAUGACAAGGACGGCAACUACAUGGUGACAUUGUCAAGAACGUUUUCUGUUCAUUAAGGGGAUUGAUCUUAUUUCGGGGAUUUCCAUCGCAAUCGGACUUUUUUAUUACUCUUGCGGUUCCUUCUGCUACGGGCGUAGAAAGUUUCCACAUUAGUCUCACUCGCGUUGUUCAUUCACUUCAGUUGGUUAAAAGAUUAGUAUAUCGACAAUGAAGUUACUUUUAAUAGUAAUAGUCUAUUACAGUGCACUGGUAUGGGCUUCAAAAUUGAAUAUAAAUGACAGUUGUACUACGCCAUGCGGGAAACCAGGUAAAUGUGUGCCAUCGAGAUCAUGCGAUUACGGCAUUGCCAGACUAAGGAAGCCUGACCCGACCUACGAGGAUACGAUCUAUUUACAAAGCAGCAUUUGCGGAAGGCAUCCUGACCCUCCACAUAUUCCACUGACCUGUUGCCCAGCACUACUUAAUCCGACAGAUUGCGGUUUGAUAGACAUAACGAAACGGAUCGUUGGUGGUGAACCCACGAAACUUGAAGAGCAUCCAUGGGCUGCCUUGCUGAUUUACGAUACAAGUGGGAACGAAACAGGCGUCCCUCGAUUAGUGCCAAAAUGUGGGGGAUCUCUUUUGAAUUCCCGUUAUGUGUUAACUGCCGCACAUUGCAUCAUGGAUAUUCCAAAAAAGUGGAAGCUUGAAUAUGUGCGAUUCAGUGAAUGGGAUGCUUUAAGCAAGGAAAACUGUACGACUAUAGAAAGUGGAGAACAAAUUUGCCGCCAGGAAUAUGCCAUUGACAAAAUAAUAGUGCAUCCGAAAUAUAACAAAACUGUACCGAAUAAAGUACAUGACAUCACGCUUUUAAGACUAACUGAAGAUGUUGAGUUCAGCAAAUACGUACGUCCGAUUUGUCUACCGUUUGAAAACGCAAUUAGAGAAAUGCCGAUAGACGAUGAAGAUUUCACUGUCACUGGUUGGGGACAAACAGAAACAAAAAUUCGCAGCGGUAUUCAACUACACGUCGAUAUUAUCGGAAAAACGCGCGAAGUGUGCAAUACAAAAUUUUCCAUCGCAAACAUUACCCUUGAGGAAACACAGCUAUGUGUAGGUGGUGAGAAAGGAAAGGAUUCAUGCAAAGGUGAUUCUGGAGGACCAUUGAUGAGGUUGGUAAACAGCGUUUGGUACCAAGUGGGCGUGGUGAGCUUUGGAAACCGGUUCUGCGGUACAGAGGGUUUCCCAGGAAUCUACACAGACGUCACCAAGUACUUGAGGUGGAUCGAGAAGGAAGCCAACAAAAUUCACUGCCCAAAUGACGAUGAGAGCUAACUUCGUGUAGGAUUUUGAUGAUGAGAUAUAAAUAUAUUGUUAUAAAUAAAUCAAUAGUAAAGGCUAUUAGUUUGAUUG